GAUGGAUUUAAAUUCACAAUUAUUUGGUCUUCGGGUUUAAUAACCUUACCCCUAUACCAUGCAUGUUAUUCUUAAAAUAUGUUAGUGCCGUGUGGUUCCCGGCGCCAAUACAAAAAAGGACAGGACCACUCCAUCUCUUUCCCAUGGAUGUCGUAAAAGGCGACUAAGGGAUAGGAUAACAAACUUAGGAUUCUUCUUUUAGGCGAUGUGCUUGCUAGACACUAUUUGAAUCUAAGUUCUAUCAUUAAGACAAAUAGCUGAAUAUAGGCCUAUCAGUCUUUUCAAGACUGUUGGCUCUGUCUACCCCACAAGGGAUAUAGACGUGACCAUAUGUAUGUAUGCUUAAAACACGGUUCAUUAACAAUUUUUUAUGUACAAACAGUUAUUAUAGUUACGUCACCAAUGGAUUUUUUUUAAGUGUACAGUAAAUAAUAAAAGCUUCCAAUGGCAUGUCAAACUUUGACCAUAACAGUAAACAGAGCAAUUUGUACAACAUUUCAUAAACGUGUAAAUGCAAUCUGGGAACCAUUUUGCACCAGUAAGAGUGCAAAAUAUUUUGUAUGUAUACGGCAGCAUAAGAAUUUGUCACUUUACCGUAUCCGAUGAUGACAGCAGCGGUGUCAGGCCGGUGUGAAGUAGGCAGAAUUGUGAGGCAGCUAUGCGGAGGGGACACCGCAGGAAGUCGCCAUGAGCGAGUGAGCGGCGCGAAGAAUGCUCAGCUCCUGUGCAUUAGCGGUUCGAGUCCCCGGCAGCCCAGCACACCGCAGCUGCUCAGGAUACUGGAAGAGACGAUACAAAAGAAGGUGCCGAAGCAGCUGAUGAACCAGCCGUCCCCCCGCGACAGGGAACGAUUCCGGAUGACGUUCAGCAUCCCGGAGGCGAGCGCGGACCGGCUGUUCCAGUACCGCACCAAGUUUGUGCAGCACAUGCUGACCAGCCCCAUGUACGCCAACAGUCAGCUCGGGAAACCCUGGGAGGCUAUAACCAGAAAGUACAAAAAAAUAAAAGUAUCGAAAUCCACGAUCCUAAAUACGUCAUAUCACCCCAGCCGGCGGAAAAGCGUCGCAUAAGAUUCAGAGGUCAACGACACAAUUAUUUCAGCUGAGCGAUCUCGACAUCUCUGUACUUUACUUGAUCUUGAUACUAGAAAAAUAAUUUAUUUUUCAGACAGUUAUUUACAUGUAUAGUUUUAAUUUCUUUUUGUAGUAUUGGUAUUUAAUAAAGCGUGUGACGUAGUUUUUGAGGGUUUUUUAAAUGUGAAAAUGAUGACGUUUAAUUUAAAUAAAAAUAGGCUCAAACAGCUCAGAAGCAUGGGUAUAGUCUAUGUUUAAAAGGAUGCAGUUGUUUUAAAUGUCACCCUGUAUUCUCUCUCUUAACUUUGCGUUUUGCCAUUUGGAAUUCAGUCUAAUGUUUAGGGACAAGGGUCUUUUUCGGUCAUUUCUUACUCUCCUUUGUAUGGUUUCAGAAAUCUUAAGUCAUGACAAAACGUUGACACAAAAUUAGAAGGGACAGUACCAAAGACUUGUUCAAACAGCAUGUCGAUAACUGAAUCUUCAAUACUUCAUACAUACACAUGAUCACUUUUUUUUCCCGGAGGGAUAGCCAGUGACUAUAUAGUUCCUCUUGUCAGGAGCUCUGCGUACUUCUUUUGUUGAAACCACAUUCUUGUUUGUUUGUAAACUCUUUAUUGCACAUAAAAAGAAAUAUAACAAAUUACAAAACAGUUAUUGGAUUUUUCGGACGUUUUCUUCUUCGUGGAACUUAAGACUUGAUACUUUAUAAUAAAUACUUAAAAAAAUUAAAAGAAAGAAAAGAAAGACUUAUUAUAAUUAUUAUUACUUAUACGAGAUGAGAGUGCAGUCUGAAAUUAACGAGCAAUGCCAGUGUCAAUUGCAAUCUUCAAAUCAUUGUCAAGGCUUUAUACGCCACAUUUUUCCAUGGCGAAAACAAUAUCAUCAUGCAUUCUAUUUAUAUACUAUGAACACUGACAAUCGGACAUCCCACCGAUAGAUCAUUAAAAUUCGAACCACGCUCUUUUAAUUUUCGGCCCAAGGAACGAGACUGUUGCGCAAGCGACUUCGAUGAAUCGGUUGUGAUGAGCCAAAGGAUCGCUCGAAAAGGGCCACACACGGCGCGACCCCAAUACCGAAUGAGUGCGAUGCGAUCUUUAUCAGGGUUACAAUUAGUUAUACUUUGUAAGACGCCUUCUUGAGAAUUUUGUUUAAUUGACUGACCAGUUCAACUUUUAGUCCAAUAACUGCUUUACUUUCGCUUUGCAUUAGCAUUUUAAAUUAAGCAUUGGAUCGUAUUCAACGCUUUGUUUAACCCUAACGGUUACGGAUUUAACCCUAACCCUAACGAUGAAUACGAUCCACCUAGAUUUAAUCCCGGUUGCAUCAUCACAUCUCUCUGCUCUUACGGUGAGCGAAAAUUGAGGCAACCUGAACAUUCAGGCAACUGGAUGUGUAACCAUGGAUCCAAUACGUGUUAGGAUUACCUGCGAAGGUUCCAGCUGAUUUUCUUCCUUUGCAGGAAAGACGGAAAUGUUUAUAAACUUGAGAUUAUUCUAAUAGUUAAUGGGCGAGUCACUUGCCACUAUCUUUGAAAAAAAAAAAAGUUAUCUGAGCCAUCCAGCUGAACAUUGAGAGACCGCUAAUAGCUAUAUAUUUCAAUUGCUUGAUGUCCUAUCAAAAUUUGGCUACGGAUUUGGUAUUAAAUAUAAAAGAGGACCUAUUUCUUUUACCAAUUACAAAAAAAAAUAUUUUCAGGAUAUCAGAUCAAAUCAUUGACGACUUGUUGGCGAAGUGCGCCAAAGAAAUACAAAUGGAGGACACCGUUCAAAGGUUGUACGAAACAGAAACGCGUUAACAUUGAAACUCUUCGUGGUUAUUGUUUUCUAAUGAUUGUAUUUGUAAUAAAAUUUAGUUUCAUAAUUCACUGUUUCAUUCCACAUACAAACAUGCUCACAUCAGUCUUUAACAUGAACUGUACACUGAUCAGUUAACUCCACUGGUAAACGUGAGUAAUCGCCAUCUUUAAUUCGUAUCGUUGCUGAUUCUACACUGAAGGCACAUUUACACAAUACUGAUUAAUAAGGCACUUAAUCAUAAGACUAGGUACACAUACCCGAAUUUAAAGUAACUUAAAUGAUUACAUUGUUCGUUUUACACUAGAUCGUCAUUGUUGAAACUUAGUCGGAAUGAAUUUAAAACUUCUCCAAAUUUGGCUCUCUGUCUUGAUAGUGUAUCGUUUUUGUUUUCUUUUGUUAUCUUAGGUAUACUAUCAGUACUAGAUGUCUCAGUCUGAUAAGCAUCUUCAGGUGUUGGUGGAUUAGAUUUCAUUAGUCUUGGCUUUACGAGUUUCGUACCACCAGAUGCAAAUAUUGUGGUCAAUUUAGAUUUUAAUUCGUCUCUCGUCAUACUUAAAUCUUCCCCGUCUUCUGUCAGUGGUUCGUUAGAUUCUGUGCCUUUUUCUUCCUCUAAUUUAACGGGUCGCAAAUCCAUA